GUAACUUAACUUGGGAGUCAAUAAAUUUAUAAGAAAAUAAAAAUAAAAUUGUAAAAUGUUGGCUUUUCUCAAUGAAAAAUACGAAAUGAAUAAAUAAAACGUGCUUAAAAAAAACUCAUCGGGUUUAGUUUUUAAAGUGAAAAGAUUUCUUCUAAGCUUCAUUAGAGAUUUGUGGAAUUAGCGUGGGCGUUCAGGAUGGAUGAAUUAGGUGUAAGUCGAGGUUUUUCGCCACAUUUUAGUCCAUCGCGAAAUCUCAGCAGCAUUGAAAAUCAACAGCAACUUUACAUACACCUACCCAACCAUGGAUUUCGAAUGAUAAAAAUUGAUGAAGUGGCUGAUGUGAAGACAAUUGUAAGCCUUUUAGUUGGCUCAAUGUCAACUGGUGGUGGUGCUAAAGCCAAUCCUCAAUAUUAUGCCCUCCGUUUACGACACAUGGUGACAAAAGAAAUCGUUUGGUUACCACAGACUACCCUCACCCGCCAAGUCAUUGAUUACAUUUCAAAUGAAUCAUGUUCGAAUUUAAGCUGUCCUAACUUUAUUAAAACGUCACCAACAAUAUCUGAUAAGAAUCUUCUGGAAUCGAAGGAAAAUGUCCCACUUGGAAAUUCAAAUUGUGUGUGGAAAAUUGAGCUUCGAGUUCGAUACAUCCCGAAGAGUCUAAACGAGUUUCUUGAGCGUGAUAAAAUCAGUAUGAACUUCUAUUUCAAUCAAGUCAAAGACGAUUUCAUUCAAGCGAAUCUACCAAACAUUGAUCAAGAAAUUGCUGUUCAAUUAUGUUGUUUAUCGAUUCGACAUUACUACAAGGAUGCAAGAUCGUCGAAUGACAGAAAGCAACAUCUUGAUUACAUUGAAAAGGAAAUUGGUUUCAGCAACUUUUUACCGAAGUCGGUCAUCGACACAAUCAAACAUAAAAACUUGAAGAAACUUAUUCAGAAUCAAUAUAAAAAGAUUUAUCAGCUAUCAGAUACUGAAUACGUUUUGAAAUACUUUGAACAGCUUGGGACGAUUUUUGACUUUGAUCAUGAGAAGUUUGUUGUGACUUUAGGUCAAUGGAACAUCGCGAUUGACUUAAUUAUCGGGUAUAACAUGGGAAUCUCUUACCUGACACAUGCUGAAGCGAAGCCAACAAAAGUCACAGAUUUUGAGAAUAUUUUGUCAUUGCGAACAAGCAUGUUGCCGAUUCUUCAACAAUCAACAAUCACCAGUAGUUCAACGAGUGGUAAAAGUCUACAAAAUAGCAAAUCAAAUGACUCAAACAUUUCCCAAAGUGCAUCGGGAUGCAGUUGCAGUACAAUAAAAUCACAGUUGAGGAUACAAGUUGAUGGAAACACUGAAGAUUUAGCGAUAACUUGUAAUGGUGUUAAUGUAGCUGAUGGCAUUGCAGAUCUAGUCGAUGGUUAUUGUAAAAUAUUUAAUGAGAAUAAUUUGAGUGUUUGGGAUCGUUCAGUGACGCCAAUGAACACAAAUUCUUUAGAGAAGAAAAAUUCUUUUCAAAAUUCAAUGAUGGCUGAAAGUUCACAAGAGAUGUUUGAGAGUUUACCGAAACUUCCGAUGCUUGUCGAUGAUUAUUCAGAGUUACACGGCGUUCUACCUGAUGUUGAUGAAGAAGGAGAUUAUUCAACACCAACAGCAAGAAAUUAUGAACUUCAUCGUGGUCAAAUUGUGUUGAGUGAAAUUAUUGGAAUUGGACAAUUUGGUGAUGUUUACAUUGGAACUUGUCGAAUUAUUCGAUCAGCAAGUAAAAAAGAUCAAUCAGCUGUAAGAGAAGACAUUGUUGCUGUUGCUGUUAAAACUUGUAAAGCUGAUGCUGAUCUGAAAACAUCAGAAAAGUUCCUCGAGGAAGCUUAUGUCAUGCAAAAGUUUGAACAUCCACAUAUCAUAAGACUUAUUGGCAUUUGCAGUGAUGCACCAAUUUGGAUUGUCAUGGAACUUGCAAGACUUGGAGAACUUCGAGCAUAUUUAAAAGAAAACAGUUCAAAAGAAAUUUUACUCGAAGAGAAAGUCAGCGAUUCUGAGACAAUGAAACGUGAAAAUCGAAGAAUUGCUGCAAUGUCAUGGGGUGGCGUUGAAUCAGACGAACCACCACCAAAACCAUCACGAACGCCACUCACAGACUCAACAUCGAAACUUUUUCAAUUAUCAACAACGACAAAUGACGGUGAGCGGACAGAUAAUGGAACAGGCGAUGGAAUGACCUACAUUGUUGCACAAAAUCCCGCAAUUCUUGCCAAGUUGAUGCGAGAAAAUGAGAAGCGAGGCGUUAAUCCAUCAGCUUACACAACACCAGCUUCGGUAUUUAACGUUCUUGCAGUUGAAUUCGAUCAAACUACUGAAAAAAACCCAGCCGACGAUAUUCCAUUAAAAGUUUCCAAAAUUCCAGCAAUGGAUUUGAUGCCAUUAAAGCAGGAUAAGUUGGACAUCUUCGAGAAGUGUCAACCUCAACAAUCCUUAUCCACAUCCCAAUUUUCCAACUCCCAAAUUUCAGGUAAUGAAGGUGAAUGUAAUGAAGCUUCGUUUGUUGUUAAUGCGGCACUUCCACCACAACCACCCGAUGCUAAAAGUAAAAGUUUGGAAAGAAAUCUCAAUCAGAAUGUUGUGUUUGCAAGAAUGAAUUCUUUGGAACGUCGCCAACAGCAGCAACAAUCAGCUGAUUACAGUAUGAAGACUGGUCAACGAUCUCAAUCACUUAUAAGACAAUUCAGUGCUGGCAUACAACAAGCUGACAAUGCAGCGUUAAGAUCAGCAAGUUUGGAAAGAAAUCAACAACUUCCAUUAAGUUUCAAAGGUGCUUACUCAAGUAGCUUUGAGAAAUUUCAACAAAAUCCGCCACCACCUUACGUUCGACCUGGCGGAAGUCUUGAGAGAAGUCAAGCCAUCAUCAUGAAUGAUUUAAUGAGAAAAUAUUAUGAUCAGAAGGCGCUGAGUGAUGCUAUGAAGCCGAGAAGUGGUGGAAGUCUCGAGAGAAACGUUCAAUAUCAACAAUAUUUGUUUCUACAAAAGCAACAACUCCAACAGCAACUUCAUGCACAACAACAACAAGCACAAGUUCAUCAACAACAAGCACUCGCUCAACAACAACAAGCACAACGCCAAGAAGAGUUGAUUGAAGAGAAUAUUUAUGACUUUGGUGGUGUUCAUGUGAAGUCGUGUGCGACGAUUGCACUUAAGAAGAGUAUUGAACGUGGAAUGGUCCCGCCAAAUGUUAUGGUGAGACCGACAAUCGUAGACUCAUCCUCAGGCCCGUCGUCAUUGGAAAUCCGUCCGACAACACCACAAGCAACUCUUAAACAGCCUUGCCCCGGUAUUGCUAGUCGCAUCAUGAUGUUCCAACAAGGCGUUCAACCACCAAAGUCACUUCCAACUCAUAUCCAAUCCACGACACUUAAAACCUUUUCCAAUCCAAACCUUUUCAAUUUACAAAAUGAUUCGAUGAUUCCAUCAAAGGAUGGUCCACCGCAACAGGUUCAUCAAAAUCAAGAGUUGCACAACUUUAUAGAGGCUCGAUUAAGAAAGCAACAAGAAGAGAGUGAAAAAGAUUCACGAUGGCUUCAGCAACAAGAAGACAACAUCAAGAAGCGUCUCAGUAUUGCUUCACUUAACGAUGUGAUUGUUGAUAGCAGUGGACAACAAAUCGCUUCUGUAACAGUGAAGCCGCCGAUUGCUGAGAAACCGCCGUUAAGUCCAAGAGUUUUAUCAGAAUCGAUAGCGCCAAUUCCUUCAACAUCAUCGUCGUCGUCACCUCAAGGAUCUGAAAAGAAAACUGAAGCGAAAGCUGAUCGUAAGAAUGACCCGGUUUACUUAUGUACAACAAACGUCGUUCGUGCUGUCAUGAAGCUCAGCAGUGGCGUUGAAAAAUCACAAAUUGACGACUACUUGGAACUUGUUAAAACAGUUGGACUUGAAUUGAGAACAUUGUUGGGCACAGUUGAUCUGAUUUCAUCUAAUUUUCCGCCAAUAACUCACAAAGAAGUGGAAAUGGCUCAUAAAGUAUUAUCAAAAGACAUGAAAGAUCUCGUGGCAUCAAUGCAUCGAGCCAUUCAGUAUUGUGAUACAACUUUGGAUGUUGAAUGUCGAAAAAAUAUGUUAUCGUCUGCACAUAUCCUUGCAAUGGAUACAAAAAAUCUUUUGGAUGUUUGUGAUUCAAUUCGUUCAAGAUAUCCGAAUGUUAAAUAUGAACUUCCAGAAGGUUCAAUGCUUGUAAAAGACUCAACAGAUGAACAACAAAACGCAAGACUACCUCAACAAUGUUCAUCACAACAAGAAGCUUACGAAAAUCUUGCAACAACAGAGAGAAUUGAAAUCACUGAACAAAUUUAUUGUAAUCAAACACCACCAACGGAUAUUGGAAUUUACGAUAAUCAAGCUGCGAUUCAAGAGCAGUUGAAGAUCAUCGAAGAGCCAACAUCGCCUGUUGAUGGACAGUUUAAUAGCCAAAAAAUAUUGAUAAACUAAAGUGUUUCCAUUCUUGUCUUUAUCUAAAUACUAACUUUACCGUAGAGCAGUAGAUGAUAAAAGAAAUAUCAUUAAACCAGAUUUAUAAUGAACAUUUUGAGUAAAUAUGCUGGCAUUAUUGAAAGCUUUCUCAAUCGCUUUUUAUAAAGCUUUUUAUACUUAAACAAGAAGAUGAAGAAAAAAAUCAUUUUCGCGAUUUCUCGUACAUUUGUUGUUAGUGCAAUUUGUUGUGUACGAUCAGAAAAAAAAUAAGAAAAAUUGUUUUAAAAACCAAGUAAUCAUAAAUAUGACAACAUUAAAUUGCAGAAUUGCAAUUUUUUUAAAGGAACCUAAAGUAUCAGCUGAACAGUUGAAUGUGAACUUAUAGUAUACACUUCUUCUACUCAAAAUGUAUUUAUUUCUCUAUUCUAUGCAUUGAAAAUAAAUUGCAAACAUAUUUGAUGAAAAUUGA